GUCGAGGUCUAAGUGGUGAGGUUUGGAACCGUUGUCCAGUUGUGCGCUUAUCACCAUGGUUGAUACUCGCAAUGGGAAGAGCACCAUGUCGUAUAGUAAGGCUCAAGAGCAGCAGGUUGCCGCCUUCCUAAGAGAGAGAAGGGAGAAGAAGGAGCUCCUUAGGCAGGCAAAGAUGAAGAUGAUAGUCGAGGAGCAGGCGGCGAAGAAGAAGAAGUUGGAGGAGGAGAUGCAAAGAUAGCAGCACGAGGAGGAAGAGAGAAUGAGAGUUGCAAAGGAGGAAGAGGUUGAAGAGGAGCAGCAGCCAGAAGAAGAGCCUCUCAGACAAAGAAGAUUGGGGCAAGGAGCAGAGCAGUGGCACCACUGGCACGAAAGAAGAUGACCCGUGGGUGGAAAGGAGGAUAAGUGAGUGGGUGGCUAAUUUAUCUCUGGGAGAGGACGAAGAGGCGAUGUUGUAUAUACCUCAGGAGGAGAAGGAAGCCGCAAUCAGGGAGAUUGAGGCAACAAGUGAUCCCCUAGAACGUCAGGCUAUAGAGAAUGAGAAGAGGUUGGACUGGAAGUUGCGACUGGCACGGGAGAAGAAGAGGAGAACGGAGGAAGCCAACAAGAUGGCCAGAGAGGUGGAAAGUUUACAGACGCGUAAACAAGAAGUAGAGGCCCAACCUGACAUCCAGGCUAAGUUAGAUAAGAUCCUUGGGAGCAUCGAGCUCCUAGGCAGGGCUUGGAGCAAACACCAUCAGUCUGUUAGGGGCCAAGACAUAGCCCUCCACUCCAUCCAUUCUGGUUUUAGGGACUUCGCGCGCGACGUUAUGACUCAUGUCGGGACCGAAGUUAAGCAGUUCAGGGACAGCGCAGAGAAAUUAUGCGCAGGCGCCAUUAAAGGUGCCAAAGUAGUGAUCGUUGCAGAGAGUGAAGGGUAUCCCCGCAAAGAGUCUGUCAAGCUCAAGUUUCCUGACUCUUAUGGUGUGAAAAAGGACGAAAACUUUGAUAAUUGGGAGACCAGUAUCAACACGUACAUGUACUUGCAGCAUAUUGCACCAGAGGAACAAGUCCUUGUGGCCUUCCACGCAUUGAAAGAUGAAGCGGCCAGUUUUGCUAGGUCCCUCGUGCGAGCAGCCGAUUGUGAACACAAUAUGGUUGCAUACUCUAAACUCACCCCUCUUCACACCUUCCUCAAACUCCUGAGAGAGAGGUUCGUUGACGUCACGCGAGGCGUCAGGGCCUCAGACAAACUGCAAACAAUCCACUCACGGCAGUGGAAGAGUGCGAGAGCACUCAAGGCAGUUAUGGAUGAUCUGGUAGCCAUCCCAGACCAUGGGGUCACUGAGACCCAGUCAGUUAACUUAUUUUAUUGUGCCAUGCCAGAGCCCUUACGAGGGCAUUUCUUUGAGAAAACCCAACAGGCCACCACCACGUAUGACGCGUUGAGUAGAGAGGUGGUCCUGUUCGAGGCUAAAUCCAUGUCAGUUUCCACUUUCUGGCAUAAGGAUUUAGACAAGGGAAAGAAGUGGAAAGGUCGUACCAUCUCGGGUCAAGUCAGGGCGAAGGAUCACCUGAUCCUUACUUUAGAUGAGGGUGGUACUAACGAAGUCCCCUACAGUCAAACAAAGUGGGGGCUGGAGGAGGAAGAUAGUAGUGUCGAUCAAGGCAGGACUAACACUGUUGUCGCGGCUGAAGGGAGGCUGCAAGGUAAAGGAGGAGGUCACGGCCAAGGGGGUCGGGUCAUGGGUGGUCGAGGUCCGGGUGCAUAGGGGGUUGGCGGCCAAAGGAACCGCCAAGAGGGAGGUAAGGGUCAAGUCCCCCCCCCGAAUCGCUCAGGGUCCAGUCGAUCACCACAGCGCAGAGGUGGCGGAUCACCUUAGAGGAGAGGAGGUUGGCACCCAGGUUGGCCACAGGGCUGGCCUUCGGAAGAUUUGGGCUUGGACCAGAGAGUUUGGCAACAGCGGAUGGAGCAGGGGCAGUGCAUUUACUGCAGCAACCCUGCCCAUAUCAUUAAAUAUUGUCCGAAGUAUAGGGAACCUCGAUUCGCUGCCCAGGGGUCAAAAGGCAGCCGUUGGUAGGGGUUGGAACUGCCCUUACCAUUAGGCCAUGUGGGGAAGUGUGCGCGCACAACCAGAAAACUCCCUCACCGCAUGAGCCUAUGGAAGAGGUUGUCGGCCAGUGCCUGGUCAGCUGUCCAGAGACUGUCUGUGUUAGAGUCUCUCUAGGCACUUCCCUCACAGGUUUGGCAGACGAGUUGAAGGAGAGGAUGCCGGCCUGGGCCAAGAUGAAGAAGGAGAGUAAAGGACAGCUUGUGUU